UCAGCUUUAAAUUUGUGUGUUCAUAGUUUGCAGAAGAUCCUGCAAACACUGUAAAAUUGCUCAUAUCUUCAAGUUCUAGGAAAAAUACUGUUCAUUAGUGCUCAGGGGGGAAAAAACAACAAAAAGGUCAGCAACAUGAAUGGAGAUCUUUUCCAAGAAUCCAGGUACAUUGAAGAGAACACUUCCCAGAAUGAUGCAAUCUCUCUGAUUUUUUCCCUCAAAGAAGAAGUUGGAGCUUUGGCCAAAAUUCUUCGCAUAUUUGAGGAAAAGGGGAUAAACUUGACUCACAUAGAAUCCAGACCUUCCCGGCUGAAUAAAGAUGAAUAUGAAUUUUUCAUUAAUUUGGAGAGCAAGAAUAUUUCUGCCCUUCCAGAUAUCAUCAAGACCUUGAGAGAUGACAUCAGAGCAAAUGUUCAUGAACUUUCACGUGAAAAGAGGAAGGAUGCAGUGCCAUGGUUCCCAAGAUCUAUUCAAGAACUGGACAGAUUUGCCAAUCAGAUCCUCAGCUAUGGAGCAGAACUGGAUGCUGAUCAUCCUGGUUUCAAAGAUCCAGUUUACCGGGCCAGAAGAAAGGAAUUUGCAGACAUAGCAUACAACUAUAGGCAUGGACAACCUAUACCCAGGGUGACUUACACUGAGGAAGAGAAGAAGACAUGGGGGAUAGUCUUUAGGGAGCUGAAGACUCUCUAUCCUACACAUGCUUGCUAUGAACACAACCAUGUUUUUCCACUCCUGGAAAAAUACUGCGGCUACCAAGAAGAUAACAUCCCCCAGCUUGAAGAUGUCUCAAACUUUUUGAAAAGCUGUACUGGAUUUCGUUUACGGCCCGUGGCUGGUCUUCUUUCAUCUCGAGAUUUUUUGGGUGGCUUGGCUUUUAGAGUAUUUCACUCUACACAGUAUAUUCGCCAUUCAUCAAAACCAAUGUAUACACCCGAACCUGAUGUUUGCCAUGAACUCCUAGGACACGUCCCUUUAUUUGCUGACCCCAGUUUUGCUCAGUUUUCUCAAGAGAUUGGGUUGGCUUCUCUAGGAGCUCCAGAUGAUUAUAUUGAGAAACUUGCAACGGUUUACUGGUUCACUGUGGAAUUUGGCCUCUGUAAAGAAGGCAACGCAAUUAAGGCCUACGGUGCUGGACUCUUGUCAUCAUAUGGUGAACUGCAAUAUGCUCUGUCAGAUAAACCUGUCACUGAACCUCUCAUCUUGGAAAAGACUGCAAUCCAAAAAUAUCCAGUUACUGAAUUCCAGCCCGUUUACUACGUAGCUGAAAGUUUUGAAGAUGCAAAACAAAAGUUAAGAAAAUAUGCCUCAAUGAUUUCACGGCCAUUUUCAGUCCGCUACAAUCCAUAUACUGAAAGAAUUGAAGUUUUGGACAAUAUCAAGCAAUUAAAGAAUUUAUCUGAUGCCAUUAGCAAUGAAAUGGAACUUCUUUGCAAUGCUCUCCAGAAGAUAAAGUGAAAGAGAUACUUCCCAGCUCACCUUCCUUCUUUUCUUUCUUUUAAUGAAGUUAAUUUGCCCAUAAUUAACAUAUAAUGCAGAAAAGUAACAAAAUCUAAUAUAUAAUAUGUUUAUAUAUAUCUAUAGACAAAUCCCUCUCCAGUUUUUGAUAUGAUCAUAUAAGUCUCUACAAAAUUAAUAUAAAUAACUCUUUAAGUAGGUCUUUCAGAUAUGAUUUCUAUAUGCUAAGUGUUUAUAUUGUUACAGUAAGGCCUGGUAUAAACCAAUGCACCUUAUAUAAUUGAAAAGGCAAAAUGUAGGAAAAUAGUAGAAAAGAUAAGCAUAUUCAAUUCAUCUUUUAUAUAAGAGCUAUACAUUUUUGAAGUGCAUUUAAUCAAGUGCUUUUAUUCUUUCCAAUCCAAUAUCACAUUGUGAAGCUUAUCAAGACUCUGUUAACAGGGUAACUCUCUGAAAAUGUUAUGGAAGGUGAUAAAAGUUUGUGUAGGAGAAGAAAUGACAUAAGAAAGAGUGAAACUGAAAAUGAUUGCAUAUGGUCAAGGUUUCAGAAAACAUCCCUCCACACAUUUUUUUAAAAUUCCAAUACAUCUCUGGAAAAAAUUCAAGAAGCUACACUUGAACCAUGAAAGUCUUUAUUAAUUUUACUUUUACUUUCUCACACUGCUAAUUAUCUAUGGAUUAGAUAUCAAGAUUAUGUUGAUGUUAGGUAUCAUAUAUUAUUGUAUAAUAAUGUCCAAUAGGUUAAAGAUAAAUAUUUUAAAUUGAUCAACUGGGAUUGUUGUAAAGUUCCAUAGGUAAACUAUGGGGAAAGAGAUAAUUGUGACAUGCAAAAGUCCAGCAUGCUGUGCAAAUAUUUUUUCUUCACUACUCAUGUCCUACCUACAACUCUGUCCAAUUUUACACAUUCUAUUGAUGUAUUUUUGCUGGUAGAACCAUUACAGUGCAGAAUAUUUCUGUGCUGCAUAUGUUGGCAAAUUCAUUUUUUUACAGGGAAAAAUCCAAUUUUUAGUGCUAUCUUUAAAUGUAUAUGGAUUAUUUACAUUUAUCUUCUGAAAAAGAGUAUACAUUGAUACCCUUAUUCAAAUGAUUCAAAUACUAGCUAAUGUAAAGCUAAACAUUUUAAACAAAUAUACUUACAUUUAAGUUCUUCUUUGCUGGCUAAUUUGUAGAAAAUAUUACCAAAAUGUCAAUCAUAUUUUUCUUAAACCAAUAUUUAAAAUAUAUAAUUAUUUCAAAUAAAUACAUUUGCUAUUUUUGUGCAUGGAA